CAAGCCCAUCAUGGAUUUUAGUGUAUGAGUAUGACAACUAAAGUUUCCCUUAAUAUGGUCAUCCACAAUUGACCUACAUUCAAUCCCAACACACUUACCUACACUCAAAAAACUCUUCAUCUUUUGACAAUCAACCAACUCAAAAAAAAUUACCUUGAACCAUUCCUAGCUCGUUGGCUCUUAAUUACUGCGGCCUAUAUAUAUAUAUAUAUAACUCCUCCCCUCCCUUCUCAGAAUGCCACACACUCCCACAAGUUUCACUAUAGCCGGAAAGAAUCUAGCUAGUUAGUUAUUCAACAAUAGCGUUAUACCAUUUCCAUAACUAAUGGCCGCUGCUGCGAAGUUGAUUUUGCUGCUGACAUUCGUCACCUGGGCCAUGAUAGCUGCACCUUAUAUGACGGCGACCGUGGCCGAGAGCGCCCUAACUUGCGGCCAGGUGGUUGGCAGCCUAAUUCCAUGUAUCGAUUACUUGCAAAAUGGUGGUGACGUUUCUUCGGCUUGCUGCAAUGGAGUGAGGUCGCUCAAUGACGCAGCCGAGACCACUGACGACCGCCAGAAGGCUUGCAAUUGCUUGAAAUCGACGGCUAAUACCUACCCCAAAGCGAAGGAUUCCUUUGCUGCAGCCCUUCCCGAUGCCUGUGGAGUCGACAUUCACAUUCCUUACAAGAUCAGCAGGGACAUCGACUGCAAAUCGUAAUUGAUUGACAUAUAUUAUCUAAUACAAAUUUAAACCCAACGUUUCGUCUAACCAUUAAUCAAAUUUAGUGAUAAUUGAAUUGAUUGGAAACCAGUUAAUGUUUGUUCUCUUUGUUGUUUUACUUGUCGCUGUGGCAGCAUCGAGUGAAGAAGCAUGCAAAGGAGGGAACGGGAGCGACGGAAGUGAUCAGGAGGCAAUGUCAUGUGUGAGAGGGAUAUGAUAAUAAUGAUGAUAAUAAUAAUAAUAAUAUCAAAAGAAUAAUAUGUGUUGGUUCAUUUAAUGGACAUAUAUAUAUAUAUAUAUAUAUAUAUAUAUAUAUACUCCUAUUGUAAUGUCCAUGUUUAUGUUAUUCUAUAUGUGGACCAUAUAAAAUGACAAGUGGUGUUUAUGAUACCUCCAUUUUUAAUGAAUUUGAGGCUUUUAUUAAAGCACCCACACCAUAGGUGUCUCAACAAGAUGAGAGAGUAGAGUGGAAAAUAAAUAAAAAAAUCUCAAAGUUCUCAAACAAAAUUCUCAAAAUAGA